UCUUGCCGACAGUCCGGCAACGCCCCUGGCAACAACUCAGCAACGACUCAAAAACAGCUGCGGCAGCUUGCAUUUAUCCAAUUGCAAUUGUGUCUCCAUUUUAUGAUGAUAUGCCGACUCUGUCUGGAGGAUGCUGAGCACGGGGUGCCCAUAUUUGGUGAACAGGAGUCGGUGGUGGUGCAGCCGGCACUACGGCAGCUGGCUGAGCUGAUAGAGCGGCACCUGCAGUUGGUGUUGGCAGCCAACGAUGCUGUGUCCACGUGCCUGUGCAAUAGCUGCUGGCAGCAGCUGGCGGACUUCGAGCGCUUUUGCACGAUGGUGGCCGACAAGCAGCGCUCCCUGGAGCUGAAGACAGAACUGCCGGAGCUACCCGAUAUGCCAGAGCCAGCAUUGGUCGUAUGGAACACAGAGUCGCCCAUCGAGCCGAAGGUGAGCUUCGAGGGCGACGACAUCAAGGAUCACAUACUGUGCGAGCCGGUGAUUGAUGCCAUGGCCGAUGGCAGUGACUGCGGCGACGACACCUUUGAUCCAGAGUUUCAACCAGACAGCGAUCCGGAACCAGAGCCUGUUCCGGAUCCGGUGAAGCCACGGCCGCGCGGUAGGCCCCGGAAAACACCACUACAGCAGACCCAGCAAAUCAUAAAACGAAAAUAUGAAAAACGUAAGCAGCAGCAGCAAGCCAAGAGCAACAUUUCAGAGCUGUCACUGCGAGAAUCUCGAGCUAGAAUGCGGGAACUAAAGCGCACCAGCGGAGGCGAUUCGCCAGACGAAAAGGAGGAGCAGGAGCAUGAGGACGAUGGUGAUUCGUCGGAGGUGGAGGAAAAGGCCAUGCCCAGCGCUAAGCGUGGACGUCCCAAGUCCGCAACGAAAAAGAAGCGAACAAACGGCGGCGACGAGGAUGGCGAGGAGGCGCCCGUUAAACGCAGCAGCAUCAAGGAGAUGGACGACUACAUAGCUGCAAACGUAAAGCUUGAUUGCGCCCUGUGCGCCGCUCCGCUGGAGGACUUCAACGAUCUCAAGCGCCACUUUCGCGUGGAGCACGACUGCACCGGCUAUGUUAAGUGCUGCAAUAAUCGGUACAAGAAGCGUACUCUCUACGUGGACCACUUGCACUGCCACAAAGAUCCGCAAUACUUCAGCUGUCAGAGCUGCCGCAAGAACUUCCUCAAUCGUAACAGCCAAGUGAUGCACAUGCUGCGCUUCCACUCCCAGCAGCAGGAGUUGGUCCAUCAGUGCGCCAUCUGUGAGGCGCGCUUCGCCAAGAAAUUCCUGCUGACCAUGCAUCUCAAGGGCCACAAGGGCACCGAACGGCCCGAGGUGUGCGACACCUGCGGCAAGACAUUCCGCACCAAAUUCGAGCUGAGUGCUCAUGUUAAGCGCAUGCAUGCUGCAGACUUCACGCCCAUCAUCUGCGACAUUUGCGGCACACAUUUCCGUUCGAAGGCCAACUUCCUCAUCCACAAGAAGGCCCUGCAUCCGGACGGGCCAGUGGCGGAGGUGCAGUGUACCCUGUGCGGCCGCUGGCUGCGGGACGAGCGGAGCCUGCGCAAGCAUCUGGCUCGCCACGAUGAUCGCGACGGCGACACUAAGUACAGAUGCCUCCUCUGCAAUGCAGAGAAGUCAUCCCGUGCCGCACUCAGCAGCCACAUGCGGUACCACCACUCCGCCAAGCGGCACAAGUGCACCCUGUGCGACAAGGAGUUUAAGCUGCCCCGGGCCUUAUCCGAGCACAUGGCCACCCACACUGGCAUCGAUUUGUACCAGUGCCAGUUCUGCACGCGCACCUUCAAGUCCCACGCCAACAUGCACAACCACAAGAAGAAGAUGCACCCGAACGAGUGGGUUCGCAAGUACACACAGCCGAGCAGCAGUAUUGCAGCCAUUGCUGCAUCCGCUCAAGUCCAGCAAAUGAUUCCACAGGCAGUUGGGUUAGGUGGGGUGGGGGUACAGGGAGUAGGAUCAGGAUCAGGAUCAGGUCCAGGUCCGAUCUUAACAGCCCCGGGAACAGUCCCAGCCCCGGUAACCGGUAAUAUGCUGCCCAGUAUGGUCGCCCCGCAACUGAACGUGGUGGUGCCCAAGUCCCUCAUUGAAAUACCCGAUCCGGAGGCCUUUGAAUUUGCCAGCAAUAGUUCCGUAUGUCCCACGCCCGACUGAAUACAUCCACGACCGUCAUGAUUUAUGUGUAAAGCCGUACAAAUAAACAACAGUAAUUAUUGUAAACUUUAA